CAAUGGCGACGAUGCGGUCAGAGGUCAACACCCUUGGCACGCCAGCCUCACCAGACACAUGGAAACGGGACCUUUGAAAGAUUCUUGCGGCGCGACCCUCAUUUCCAAAAAGGUCCUCGUCACAGCUGCGCAUUGUCUUUUUGACGGAGAGGGAAGUCAAUUUGGAGCGAGACACGUGGACGUGACCCUUGGAAUGCACAACCGAUCAAAUUCGGAAGAGACUUGGCGACAGACAAUCAAGACUGCAAGUCUGGUAGUUCAUCCAGGCUAUGAUCACAGCAGGGGCGAUUUCAAGGAUGACAUUGCCCUGGUCAUCUUGAAAAACGAGGUCAACGUCAAUGAUUUUGAGCGGCCCAUUUGUCUCUGGAACUCUGGUUACGACUUGAACGAAAUCGCCAAUAAAUCCGUCACGGUGGUCGGCUGGGGCUACACUUUGGAUCACGAACAGCCACAAAUCCUGCAAAAAGCGAUUAUGAAAGUUGCUUCCUACGAAGAGUGUUUCGAGAGCAACAAACGCUUUUUCUCUCGGUUCAUGCGACCGACGAAAAACUUCUGCGCCGGGGACGUCCUCAAAAUUUGAUGAGUGCGUGCGUCGGUGACAGCGGCGGAGGAUUGACCUUUUACGACCGUGAUGACACCGAACGCCACUUUUUGCGCGGCGUCGUCAGCUCCAGUCCUGGCAAGAGAAUAAACGCGGAUUUCAUCACGUGCAACCCCAAGUUCUGCGCUCUUUACACGGACGCCACCAAUUACAUGGACUGGAUCGUCGAAAACACGCCUGACAUAAAUAUUUAGAUUUUAAUUAUUUGAAAUGAGAAAUUUAAUAUUUUUUCACUACUUUAAAUAUUUAUAUAUUAAUCAUUUAAAGCGACUUAAUGAAAGGAAUAUGGAAUUUUCAACAAAAUCAUUUGAUAAACCAGGAAAAAGGAUCCGAAUUCAAAUAUUAUUUCUUUGUAUUUUUCAUAUUAAAUUAUAUUCUUUAACAAUUUUGACGAUUUGGCAGGAAAUGUCUUGAAUAAAAAAACCAUUUUUAAUUCAAAAUUUCGAUCUAUGUAAUUGAGUUACAUGCGUUUUGCAAUAAUUGUUCUGAACAAAGCUACUCAUCAAAUUAUAUUUUUACAACUCCGCCUGGGAAUGAAAUGUUGAAACAAGUUACAAGGAUUUCCGUCAAGGUUCGCUCUGCUAGACAUAUAAUAUUAUAUUCCCUUGCGAAAAGACAGGACUUUAAUUAGGUACGUGACAUUUAUCAACCAAAAUACUUCUGAUAGGCUUUUAAUUAAAAACAUCCAAGAUUUGGCAUCAAUUUAAAAUGCAAAGCUUCCUUUUUUUUAAUGAAUAAAAGAAAGAAUGGUGAAAGAGGUACAAUAUAUAUUUAUACUGCAGUGUAUUUGUAUAAUUUGACGACACAUGAAGAGAGAAGAAUGCAAAAAUGUUUUGUAUUUGGUAAUUAUUUUGAAGGUGUAUUUAAUGCUUUUCGUUUUUUCCUCAAACCUUAGAAAUUACAGUUGCUUACGUCUAAAAUAUAUAUUUAUAUAAUUUUCAAUAAGACAGAGAAAAGUUCUUAUAUUUUCCUUUUUUUUCUUUAAUUAUAAUAAACAAUCUGUACUCGCGCGUGUAUAUAUUUACAAAAGAACUCUU